GGCCCUGGGACCUGGAGCGGGGCCGACGUGGAGCUGCGGAGCCACCUUCGGAGCGGCGCCGGCUCGCAGGGUCGGGGUGUACCGGGGCCGCCGCGGACCCACCGGCCCGGGGACCCUGCCCUACAGGCCUGCAGGGUUCCCCCACUGCCCCGACGGCUUUGAAGAGGAUUCCCGGCACAAGCAUGGUGUUUGAGCAGCCUAGAGGCAAAAGGCGGGCUGGUCUGGAAGGGUCUUUGGGGACGUUGUUUAGGGAAAAAAAGAUUUCCCUCGGUUGCGUAGGUCCCUCCUGCUGGGCUGUGAGGGUCAAUCUCCAGCUCGGGGCAUUUGGACGAGAUCUGGGCUGUCCAACCCCUGAGGGCUGCGGUGCCGGAAACACCAGGUCUUCAGGUCCAAAAGCUCCCAAGACGCCUCAUGCUGGUGGCAGCAUGGGGUGCGUUGGAAGGGGCCAGCCCUUUUCCCGGUGACAUGGUGUUUAUGCUGCAGGCCUGGGUUGUCCAGUUCAGCCCAGUCUUGACCUUUAUCCAGGAGCACGUGCACUGCGCCUCUUGCAGAGCUUGCAGGAAUUGGGGAUGGAAAUCAGGAAGCGAGAGCCAUGACGCUGGGUCUUGUGCCUGCAGGAAGGCAAGUCCUGCUGCGAGGCUGCAGCUCCCUGGCCCCAUGGCCACAGCUCAGUCCCCCUGCCUUCUGAUGGCAGCGGUGUCCUCACCCUGCAUUUGGGGAAUGAGAGGAGCAGUGAAGCACCUCAUACUGCUGCUGUACCAGCCUGAAAAUUUCGCUGCCCUCCCCGCCUGAUGGAGCCAGCACUGGCACAGGACCCUCCUCAAGGCAUCUGAUCAAGCCUGGUGCAGGAGCGCUAGUGGGACGUGGACGGUGGUGUGUGUGCCACUGUGGGAGGGACAAUGGCUCAGGGCACCGGGAGCAUCAACAGCGGCUACAAGGAUUGGGAGUGGAGCUCCAGUGCUGGGGAACGGGCCAGGCUCCUGCAGAGCCCCAGCGUGGAGACGGUGCCAAAGAGUGGAGAGAGCCAAGGGAAUGGUCUGGGGGCCACGUCAGCUUUGGGAGCUGUCUUCAUUGUGGUCAACGCUGCCCUUGGGGCUGGGCUGCUCAACUUCCCUGCUGCCUUCAGCAUGGCCGGCGGUGUGGCGGCAGGCAUCACGCUGCAGAUGUGCAUGUUGAUCUUCAUUAUCGGAGGCUUGGUCAUCCUGGCGUACUGCUCGCAGGCUAGCAACGAGCGCACCUACCAGGAGGUGGUGUGGGCCGUCUGUGGGAGGGUGCCUGGCGUGCUGUGUGAGGUGGCCAUCGCCAUCUACACCUUCGGCACCUGCAUUGCUUUCCUCAUCAUCAUUGGAGACCAGGAGGACAAGAUCAUUGCUGCUCUGGUGACGGAGCCUGAGGAAGCUGAGAGCAGCCGCUGGUACAUGGACCGCAAGUUCACCAUUAGCAUCACGGCCUUCCUCCUCAUCCUGCCCCUCUCCAUCCCCAAGGAGAUUGGCUUCCAAAAGUAUGCCAGCUCCCUAAGCGUGAUCGGCACCUGGUAUGUCACAGCAGUCAUUAUCAUCAAGUACAUCUGGCCCGACAAGGAGCUGGUGCCUGUGGAGAUCCCCACCAGCCCCUCCACUUGGACCGCUGUCUUCAAUGCCAUGCCCACCAUCUGCUUUGGGUUCCAGUGCCACGUGAGCAGUGUGCCCGUCUUUAACAGCAUGAAGCAGCCGGAGGUAAAGACCUGGGGGGCAGUGGUGACAGCAGCCAUGGUGAUUGCCCUCUUCGUCUACACGGGCACUGGUGUCUGUGGCUUCCUGACCUUUGGAGCCAGCGUGGAGCAGGAUGUCUUGAUGUCCUACCCAUCCAACGACAUCCCUGUUGCCCUCGCCCGGGCCUUCAUCAUCCUCUGUGUGCUGACGUCCUACCCCAUCCUGCACUUCUGCGGCCGGGCUGUCUUGGAGGGUCUCUGGCUCCGCUACACCGGGGUGACGGUUGAGGAAGACGUGGUUCGGGAACGGAGGAGGCGCCUGCUUCAGACCAUCAGCUGGUUCCUCUUGACACUCCUCUUGGCUCUCUUCAUCCCCGACAUUGGCAAAGUCAUCUCUGUCAUUGGGGGCUUGGCUGCCUGCUUCAUUUUCGUCUUCCCAGGGCUCUGCCUGAUUGAAGCCAAGCUCUCUGAGAUCCAAGAAACCAGGGCAAUCAGCUGGUGGGCCCAGGUCAGCUAUGGGGUGUUCAUGGUCACUCUCGGAGCCUUCAUCUUCGGACAGACCACUGCCAAUGCCAUCUUUGUGGAUCUCAGAGCCUGACUCCUCCUCCAGGUUGAACCACACUGCUGCUACUGAGGGGAUGCAGAUUUCCCCUAGGACCAAAGGGAAAUUGGAAGAAAACAGGUUGGCAUGUUGGGAAAAUCCAAGAGGAACGUUAUAAUCUGGGGUUUGGCUGAGAGAGCCCUGUGGUGGUUUGCAUGUCGUCGUCUUAACACACCAGGCUGUCAGACUCCUCCUCUCAGUCCUGACUCCCUGGUGAAGCCAGAGCAUCGCUACAAGGAGACCUGUAGUCCAGGUCAAGCCUUUCUGCCCUUCCAGGGCAGGCAUCACUACCUUAGACAUCACUAAGGGGUCAUGGUUUGGGUUUGCCAAGGCAUGCUGCUCUCCUCCGUGUAUCUUGUGCUGGUGAAGCUCCUCUCCACAGCUUCAACUCCUUCUCCCAACACUGGAGGGAGACUGUGUGUCUUGCAUAAAGGGAACUAGUAACCAUGUUUGUCAGACAGGGCAUCACCUCUGUAGUCCUCUCGUGUGUCAGUGCUUGGUUUGAGCUCUGCUUUCCUGUGGCCACCUUGCCCGUCUCCUGCCCUUACUCUUACAUCUCCCUCCGCGUGGGCUGCACUUUCUGUUAUGAAGUGGGAUGUUGCCUUCAGCCUGAAUCUUUCUGAGAGGAUCAGGACAAUCCCAGGCACAACAGUGCAAUGUUCUCCUUGACAGGGGUUGCUCAGUUGCUGGAGAAGGUGCUGUUGCUGUAUGGACCUACUAAAGACACUAUGAAAGAGCAAAAGCUCUUCACUAGAUUUCCAAUCCUGUUCUUCCAGGAGGUGUCCACAGAAUGGAACUGGGCCAUGUGUAGGUUUUAAGGGAUGCUUUGGGGAUAAAGCAGUCAGUAUUGAUCCAUUUUAUAUUGUUCCCUUGGUGGUUUACACUCUCUGUGGCUGGUGUUGCUUUGGGCUGUCCCUCUGUUGCCUGUCUGGAUGAUAGUUUCACUUCUGCUUUUGGUAAGUUGAGCAGUUCCUCCAGCUGAAGAUUCGUCUGGGGGAGUUAAACCUCAACGGCAAACCAUUAUUUUCAGUCUUUAAGUUUCCUUAUUCCUUGUUUGGCUUCUAAAACCCUGGGAGACGGAGGAAUUCCUGUGUAUCUAUUGCUGCAUCUGUGAUGAGGGCCCAGCCCAGCUUUGUGCAAAACCUGGCUUGGCCCCUCCUUGGAGAAGGAGGAAGAAAAGCCCCAAGCACAGCAUGAAUGUUUGAGGGACACUGUGAAGGCUGUGAGCUUCUUGUCACCCAACAUCCCCAAGUCCUUCUCCUCAGGGCUGCUCUCAGUCCAGUCUCCCUCAGCAUAUGUUUGUGCUUGGAACUGCCCUGACUCAGGUGCAGGACCUUGCACUUGGCCUUGUUGAACUCCAUGAGGUUUCCACUGUCCCACCUCUCCAGCCUGACCAGAUCCCUCUGAAUGGCAAAAUAAGAGGGUGUCUACCCCACCUGCAGACCAUUCCUUCUGCUCAUGAGGAGCAGAGCACCACCUCCCAUAGAGUCCAGCAGCAGAUGCCAACGCAGAGGUGCCUUCCAGUGCCCAUCCUCUAUCAAGAUGGAGUGGUGUUUGUUACCCGGUGGGUUCUGUGGCUCUGGCUUUCAGUCCCAUGGCUGAAGAGGAAGCAGACGUGGAGUCCCACAACUUUGGUUGUCACCCCGGGAGCCACUGGGCUCCUCGGUCCCCCUGAGGGGUCUGUGUGUCUGAGGGCAGGGGGGUACAGAGGUGCUGUGGCUGUUUCUCUGCUUGCCUUACCGCUCCCCUCACUGUUUACAAACAAUGGCAUUUUUAAAUGUAUUUUAUACGUGCAGAAAGUGGAGGAACCUCGUCUCAAUAAAUAUGACGUUGUGAUGCACCAGA